AUGGUGCUAGGACUGGGAUUUACCCGAUCUCAGGCCUGUAUUUCAACGCGAAGAUCGACGCGAUUGUCAAAAUACUCAACCGCCAAGCUGACGACGUCAACAAAAAAAUGGAUCUGCUACUGGAAAGAAAAAAACAGAAGUCGAGUUGUGUCUUCUGCUCGUUCGAAGAUAACAAGGAUAACCACCCGACUGGACAAUGCUGCAGAUAUCCGGAUCCCGUCUCACGUGCGGUACAAGCGUCCAACCUGCAACUAUGCAACAGAUGCCUUCAACCUCGUCACGUGGAAGACUGUGGAAUCUCGUGCACAUUCUGCGCUUCUACUCAUAAUGUGCUUCUAUGCCCGAACAAACCAUCUGCGUCUUCCACCUACAAGCGGCGCAAAAUUUGAAAUCUCAUCGCCGCCCCGCAGGAGAGGUGCCCUGGUUGACUCAACCACUGCAAUUCUCCCUCCCUCCCUUUUACGCUGGCGUCCGUCGCCCUCCAUUCUUCUUGCUGUCGCCUCGUGCUGUCGUCAUAACUACUAUAUUCAAUCGCCUUCCAGUUGCCGAUGCUGCCAGUAUUCAGUCGCCUGUCACCUACGUUCAACCCUCGUCAGUAUUCGUCAGUUCCUCCGUCAGUUUGAUUCUCUGGCUGUAUUCAUGUGUCUGACUCGUUUCGCCGUCGCUAACGAUCGAUGGACCGAUGGCCACUCGAGGAAAGAUGCCGAGCGAGUCGAGGAACACAUCAAUCGCGGCUGGGAUUAUGAUCAACAGCAGCAUACGGUAACAGUUAGUUCCGAAAGAUCUUCGACAGUUCUAUAG